AAUGUAAUCAUUUAAAUUAAAUCUCUGAAAGAAAAAAAAAAUUCUUAUCUUCUCUAGAAUCAUCGUAGGUAUAGUUGUAAGUAAGAAAGUAAGAGUAACAUGUCGAACCAGAGACGCGAAUGCAAUUAAUAAAUCGUCACAGGUUCACAGCUUUGUAUUUUCUAAAUGUAGAAGGAUAAGCCAAUCGGGCGGCUCGUAUUACAAGACAAAACUCUCUAUCCAACGUCCGAUUGGAUAGUCUGUACCGCGGGCUUACGUACCUCUCGCAAUUUAAUUUCUAGGGGGUAGGGACAAGGGAGUCCGUGGCUCGGAGAGCGUCCACUGCCAUCGAAGUACAAGGAAGCGGAUAGCGUUGGCUCUCAGCUUCUUGCAUCAAUUUUCUUUCUAAGGAUUAAACCAUGGCACGUACAAAGCAAACUGCUCGUAAAUCAACUGGUGGAAAAGCUCCCCGCAAACAGCUAGCUACAAAAGCAGCCCGUAAAAGUGCUCCUUCUACAGGUGGUGUUAAGAAGCCUCAUCGUUACAGGCCGGGUACAGUAGCUCUUCGAGAAAUCAGAAGAUAUCAAAAAUCUACGGAGUUGCUGAUUAGAAAAUUACCAUUCCAGAGAUUAGUCCGUGAAAUUGCACAGGAUUUCAAAACUGAUUUGCGUUUCCAAAGUGCAGCCAUAGGUGCUUUGCAAGAAGCAUCUGAAGCUUACUUGGUUGGAUUAUUCGAAGAUACAAACUUGUGCGCAAUUCAUGCUAAACGUGUUACUAUUAUGCCGAAAGACAUCCAAUUGGCUCGACGAAUUCGUGGUGAACGGGCUUAAAUAAUAACGUGUAUUUCUCAUACAUACUGUUUAUUACUAUUAUUAUUAUUAUUAUUAUUAUUAUUAUUAUUAUUAUUAUUAUUAUUAUUAUUGUUCGUAAUUCUUGUGGAUGAUAUCUUUUCAUUCCAAAAUACAUGUUAUGUUGUACUUCACAAAAACAUAGAAACUAUAAGACACACUUAUCCUUUAUAAUACGUAC